CUGUUUUUCAACAAUUUAAGUGAUGGGGUAGCUGCUGCUGUGCUGGAUACAUAGUCUAGAUAAUCAAUUCAAGAUAAGAAACCAUGACAGUGGAAACUGAUUCAAAUGUUAAUCACUCAAACCUUGAAAUGGAGCCUACCCAGUCUUUGGAAGAUGGAGCAAUCCAACAAGUACCAGGCAAAAAGAAAAAGUCCUGUUGCACUGGCUUGAAGGUAUUUCUCGUUGCUUUGUCAUUCAGCUACUUGUGCAAAACAUUAUCUGGAACAGUUAUGAAAAGUUCCAUCACUCAGAUAGAAAGAAGAUUUGAUAUUCCCUCCUCUAUAGCUGGCUUAAUUGAUGGAAGUUUUGAGAUGGGUAAUUUGCUGGUGCUGGCAUUUGUAAGUUAUUUUGGAGCCAAAUUUCAUAGACCAAAAAUCAUUGCUUUGGGGUGUUGUAUUAUGUCAGCUGGAAGUAUUUUAACAGCAAUGCCUCAUUUCUUCAUGGGAUAUUAUAAGUAUGAAACAGCAUCGCAUGCAGUGUUGUCUGUCAACUCAACUUCAAGUCUCUCUCCCUGCUCAGUGGAUCAAAAUGUAACUGGUAUCAGUGAAACCUUAUCAGAACUUUCAGAUUCAGAUUGUGUAAAGGCAGCAGCAUCAUAUAUGUGGAUAUAUGUCCUAUUGGGCAACUUGUUACGUGGAGUUGGGGAAUCGCCAAUAACACCGCUAGGAAUUUCUUACCUUGAUGAUUUUGCUACAGAAGAAGAUGCUCCUUUAUACAUAGCAUGUUUGCACACAAUAGCAAUGAUCGGGCCAAUAAUUGGCUACCUGUUGGGAUCACUGUGUGCCAGCUUGUAUGUGGAUAUUGGAUUUGUGGAUCUAGGUAGCAUAACCAUAACUCCAAAAGACUCACGGUGGGUAGGUGCUUGGUGGCUUGGUUUUAUUGUAGCUGGAAUAACUAAUCUCAUUGCUGCCAUACCAUUCUGUUUCCUGCCAAAGAGUCUCAAAAAGCAGGAGGAAGAGAAUAAUGACAAAAUUUCAUCUGAUCUUUCCAAAAUUAAAGGACACCAGAGCAGGCAUCACAAAUCUGAAAAUCAUCAGCCAGUGAAGUGGUCAGUAACUUCAGAAGGUUUCUUUAGCUCUCUGAAAAGAGUAUUGAGUAAUAGAAUUUAUGUAACAUUUUUGUGUUGUUCACUGUUACAAUUCAGUGGCUUUGUUGGUUUCUUGACUUACAAACCAAAAUACAUGGAACAACAGUAUGGUCAGUCCACAUCUAAGUCUAACUUUUUAACAGGAGUAACUGCUUUACCUGCUGUAAGCGUUGGGAUUUUUUUAGGAGGGCUCAUAAUGAAGAAAUACAAAAUGGGCAUGAUUGGAGCUACAAAAUUUGGAUUUGGAAUGUCACUGAUGGCUUUUCUCAUAACCGUCUCAUACUUUUUUGUGGGCUGUGAGAACCAUGUAGUGGCAGGACUGACAGUAUCUUAUGAUGGCAAGCCAGUUGCACGUCAUGAAACCACCUUAUUUUCUGUCUGCAACUCUGACUGCAAAUGUGCCACAAACCAGUGGGAUCCUGUCUGUGGAGACAAUGGAAUCACGUACAUGUCAGCUUGUCUUGCUGGAUGCAAGGCUUCGACAGGACACGGGAAGAACAAAGUGUAUCAUAACUGCAGCUGCAUGGAAAUUACAGAUUCACAAUCAGGAAAUACCUCUGUAAUUUUGGGACAAUGUCCAAAAAGUGAUGACUGCUCAAGAAAGUUUAUUUAUUAUACAGUAUUACAAGUUAUAAGUGCCUUUUUCUAUGCUUUAGGAGGCACCCCUUUAUACAUGGUUAUGUUUAGGUGUGUUCACCCAGAGCUGAAAUCUCUUGCAGUUGGUCUGUACACACUCAUUAUGAGAGCUCUAGCCGGAAUUCCAGCCCCCAUUUAUUUUGGUGCAUUAAUAGACAGGACAUGCUUGAAAUGGGGAAGCGGAAGCUGUGGGCACCGAGGAGCUUGUAGGAUAUAUGAUUCUGGUGCAUACAGGUAUACCUACUUUGGCCUAGUAGCAAGCUUCAGACUACCAUCCUACUUCUUAGCUUUCCUGUUUUAUACAAUGGUGAAGAAACAGUACCAAGCAAGGGACCCCAAAUCCACAGAUAAUGGAGGGCAAGAAAGUGUUCCUAUGAACAAAGAAGCUAACUCAAAGAGCAAUGAAUAUUUAUCAAGUUCUUCUGAUGUGGAAAGAGAAUCACGUAUUUAGAAAAUCCACUUACAUCCAUGAAUCAUGUUGAAUGAAUCAGGACAGCAUCUUUUAAAAUCAACUUGCAGAAUGUCCUGAACAAAACAAUAACACUGCUCAGAAUGAAAAACCAGAAUGAACACAUAGUCAAUGACAAGGGCAACUAGGUGCACAUAUGAUUUAUAUUUAACUACCUUAUCAAUGACACACACAACCAAUCCCGUUAAUUAACUAAUGAAGGAAAAUCCUGUUUGGCAUGGUUAAUUGCAACUGUUUAUAAUUUUUAAAUGGCUUGAAUGUGGUUUCUGGCACAGUAACUGCAUUCCAAAUACUACACUGGAAGGCCCAAGUCCUGCCCACAGAUCCACCUGUACUCAGUCCCAUUGAAGUCAAAAGGACUUUGCAUAGUUGUAAGGCUCUGCACACUACAGUAAGAAGCUAGUGUAGUUUUCUGAACUCUGGCCAGUGAAUAUUUAGGUGGAAGGCCCAAACCCUCUUUUUCCUCUGUGUCCUCAGGGACAUUCAACUUGAAAAUCAUUUUUCCAACUGAAAAUGUUGUGCCUACUGACGUUGUAAGUAGAGCUGGUCAUAAAAUGGAAUUUCUGUUCCAGCAGAAACUCCAGCAUUUCAAGUUUUGCUUUCAUCCUGAAUUGGAACAAAAAGUUGAUAUUUCAAGAUUUUUACUGUGAAAUGAAAAAUUCAAAAUAUUUUGUUUAGGAAACAUCAAAACAACCUUAUCGAAACAUUUUGUUUUGACAUAAUUUUAACUUUUAUGUCAUAUUACAUUAUAAUUCAUAAUAUAAAUGUCAUAAGAUUUUUACUUUUAUAUAUUAUAUUGUUUUUAUAAAUGAUAAUAUGAUAUAAACUUGAAACAAUAAGGUCAAAAUGUUUUACUGAAACAAAAAAUGUUCACUUUAUGAAAAUGAAAUAUUUCCACCUUAUCAAAACAAAUCAUUUCAUUAAUUUCCUGUUGAAAAUGUUGAUGAAAUCAAUAUGUUCCUACAAAAUGUUUCAAUUUCAUUGAAUCAGCAUUUUCCAAACUGUUCUAUUGGAAAAUUUUCAACUGGCUCUAGUAAGAAGCACCUAAGUUUGCUGUAAAUGAAAUAACUGAAAAAAUCAAUUAUUUUUCUUUACUUUGUAGAUUUUGACAGUACUCUGUGUAUACUCAGUUUCACUAUUCCUCUGCCUAAAAGGACCUCUCUAGACAUCCACAGGAAAGCAGCAAAACUUGAAUAAUUUAUUUUUAAAGAAUGCAAAAAAAAACCCUCCACAACAAACCAGGAUCUACGAUUUAAAGAUUUCACUUUCAAAACUAGCAGUUAAAAAAAAAAAAGGGCGUUUUUCAAAAGCACCUCUGAGAAA